AUGGCAGACGAAGCCUACCACGAGCCGACGACUGAGGUGGUGCCGCUCACAGACGGCGACAGUGCAGCUCCUGGCGACACGUUGAUGGCCGAUGCGCCGUCGGCCGCCGACCAGCCUGCGUCCUCUCCCGCCCCCGCUGUGCAAGGAUCCAGCCCGGCACCAGCCCGCACAGGAACACCAGCCCAAGGCUCCAGGGCAGCUUCAGCGCAUCCUGACCCGGGUCCGUCGAUCCCCUCCGAAGCCCCCCCCCACGGGGACUCUACACGCCGCUAUCUAAAUUCGAAGGUUACCGGUGUCUUGCUCGAGGGCAUGAAGCAGAUUGCCAAGGACAAGUGCGUGAAGAAGUCCCCCCCCCCGCCCAAGGACCGGACGUCAACGUGCAUGCAUGGCUGA